AUGAAGACAAAUCGAAGAUGCAGAGCCCUGCUAGCAGUGAGUCUGAAUCUGAUGGCUCUCCUCUUCUCUACAACAGCUUUUAUCACGACCCACUGGUGUGAGGGCACACAGAGGGUCCCCAAGCCGAGCUGUGGGAAAGAGAAGAAGACAAACUGCCUCAACUACAGCGGGAAUGAGACUGCAAAUGAGACAAACCAGAAUGUGGUUCAUUACAGCUGGGAGACAGGAGAUGACCGCUUCCUUUUCAGGUAUUUCCACACUGGGAUCUGGUACUCCUGCGAGGAAAAUAUCAAUGCUGCUGGUGAAAAAUGUCGAAGUUUUAUUGACCUUGCCCCGGCUUCUGAAAAAGGUGUCCUGUGGUUAUCAGUAGUAUCUGAGGUGUUAUAUAUCAUGCUGUUAGUCGUCGGAUUCAGCCUUAUGUGCCUCGAGCUCUUCCAUUCAAGCAGUGUGAUAGAUGGGCUCAAGUUAAAUGCCUUUGCUGCUGUCUUCACUGUGCUUUCAGGUCUCUUGGGGAUGGUGGCACACAUGAUGUAUACUCAAGUGUUCCAAGUGACAGUCAGCCUAGGCCCAGAGGACUGGCGACCGCAUUCAUGGGACUAUGGAUGGUCCUUCUG